AUAACCCAGUGAGGUAAGCGUUGAGGGAUCACUGGUAUACAAACUGUUGCCUCGCAGAUGAGAAGCGUCAGAGUGGGAUAGGGAAGCAUCCCGGAUUCAGGGAGGAUAAACCACACAGCGAUAUACUCACCUCAUAUCACUUCACAUCACCUUUACUGGUGAAUCUUUGAGAGGAGACAGGCGAGACAGGUAAGACUGAAUCACAGCCAGCAGGAUCUGGGGUUGAGCUAUGAAACCUACAAGGUUUUACUCCAACUUGGCUGUUGGCCAGCACAGUGCAGUGUGAAGAUGUCAAUAGAUGUGGGCGAAGAUGGCAUCUACAUGCCAGGUGUUACUUCUCUGUGUUCACACAUCCUAUUGGUUAUCUAUCUACCUAGCAGCCUAACUGAGGGGGAGCAGGCAUGGGGUUAUGCCUGGAGCAGUGAUCUCAUUGUGAUGUUCAGAGUUCACGAUCCCAGAAAAAAGCUAAUCUCUAAGGGACUUUCUAAAUAAGAUGGAGAGAAUAUAUUGUGCUUAAACAACAUAUUCACGAGUUCUAUUCAUGUUUACAUACAUGACAGAUUUAUUUAUUUUUAAUCUGUACUUUGAUUAAUUAAUGUGUAUGUGCAUGUUUAUGUGUUUGAGUGACAAACUGUUGCCUAAUCUACAGUAGCCUACUGAUCUUGUAAAAUAUUUAAAUGGUGAAUUUGAGCAAGUGGAUUUCUAAACCAGUACCUAACCUCUCUUAAUCCAUCCACAUCACCACCUGUCCCACACCAGAGGAAGAUGCAAUCAGCGUAUGAUGACCUGGCCAAGCAGAGGAUUCAGCAGGCCAAGGCAUUGUGUUCAGAGGCCAGGGGAGGUAAGAACUUAGAGAUACAGUGGGGUCCGACAUUAUUGUCCCCCUUGAUAAAGAUGAACAUAAUGAAGAGUGACAAAGCUACAUAGGGUCAAGUAUCAUACCCCCAAGACAUGCUAACCUCUCACCAUUACCAAUAACAGGGGACGUUAUGCAUCCAACAAGUGUGUAGUCAUUGCGUGCUAGGAAUAUGGGACCAAAUGCUAGACUUUUGACUACUUUAUUCAUAAGAAUCUUUAGGGGUGUCAAUAAUUUUGACCCAUACCUUUUUUUAGAUUAAUUUUGUAUUUCUUGUUAAAACUUUCUUUGAGCAAUUGUAUUAGUAUAAAAUAUUAUAAUUUCCCCAUUUUCUUCAGCAUACAAAAAAUUCAAUAUUUGAAUUAUUUAUUUUAUACAGUCAUUAUUGCUCAUGUUUUUUAUCAAGGGUGUCAAUAAUUUCAGACCCCACUGUAUACUCAAUUACUAUUCUAUUUAAUUCUAUGGACCUUUCAACUGAAUAUACUUCAAUGACUUCCCAAGGGGGAAAUAAGCUAUGAGAACAGCGGAGUUUGAAUGUCUUUCAGCCUAGAGAUGGAAUUGAAUACAUCUGAUUGAAUUCCAGAGGUGGGACAUUAGGUUUGACACCAGUAGCAAACCGUUCAGACACACGACUGUAAGUCGCUUUGGAUAAAAGCGUCUGCUAAAUGGCAUAUUAUUAUUAUUAUUAUUAUUAUAUACUGUCGAAUGGAAGUGAAUCACAAGUUGUAACAUAUUAGCACUAACUUUGAUAUAUGUUAAGAAAUUAUUACUCACUCAUACUUAUAAGUAUAUAUUAAUAUAGGCUGGAUUGUCUCUGUCAUCUCAGCUCUGGACUUCAUCAGUAAUAUAAUCAAGCAUCAAAGCAUUCUCCACAGCUAAGAGCACGUGGGAUGUAAACCCUUAAACUCAAGAAGCUAUACAGUAGAACUCUGGGGUUAGAACUCACAGAGGGCUGGACAUUCCACAGGAGGCAUUCCGUGUGGUUCUGUUUGUCUGUUUCCGAUGGUCGCAACCAGUUACAGGCGUUGGCAUCAGACCAAUCGGACUCAGCAUAAUGUGAUCGACCCUCGGCUGGUGGGUUUUAUACAGGCCCGUCAAAAGGCAACUCCUGUCGACAACGCAACUGGCAUAAGGCAGGAAUUCACAUAACCCUUCACUGAGAGAGUGAGAGGAAAGAAAGAGAGAGAGAGAGAGAGUGGAAAGAGAGAGAGAGAGAGAGAGAGAGAGAGAGAGAGAGUGGAAAGAGAGAGAGAGAGAGGAAAGAGAGGAAAGCGUGAGAAGAAAGAGAGAGAGGAAAGAGAGAGAGAGAGAGAGAGAAGAAAGAGAGAGAGGAAAGAGAGAGAGUUCCUAUAAGAGCUGCUUCUUCCAAACAUUCUAUUUAUAUACCCAGUUACCCAUGCAACACAACAAACAUUACACACCCUUCUACUCUCAGGGCUAUUCCAAAGCUGCAAUAGAGUAGUACUAUGAUACAUUUGGCCCAUGGUAGUAAACUCAACACUUGGCUUGUGGAUUAGUGAUGGUAUGAUAGUUUGGGUUAUGAUUUGGGUCAGGUCAGUUGAUCCUCAAUCGUUUGGAGCUGAGAGUAAGAAUAGACCUUAAUCUCCCACAUACAGAACACUUCAGGGGGCAUGAGUCCUGAGGCAACCCCUGUUGCUGGGGGAAGCCGGGUUCUCUCUGUCUGUUGCGUCAUCCACUGGGUUUCUCUGACUGACACGGGCCAGCAGGUGGAGGUGCCAUUGUACCAGCCAAACAGAUACAUCUGAUUCUAUUCUCAGAUCUGAGUCUGUGUCGCUGUCAGUGUCUUGGUUUCUGUAAGCAUCUGUCUGUUUGUGUUGUCAGUUCAUGUCUUCCCUUGAUUAUUUAUUUAGUGGUAAAUGGGGUGAGUUACCAUACAAUGGAAAGCACUUUGAGACCUAGUGAAAGACACAUAUAAUACUCUUUAUUCUGUGCUUUUGUGUGUGUAUACCAGGAGGUCUGAACUUGGGGAAGAAGAUCAGUGUACCCAAGGAUGUGAUGAUGGAAGAGUUGAAUCUUCCGUCCAACCGUGGUUCCCGCAUGUUCCAGGAGAGACUGAAGAGGGUGGAGCAGUUCACUCUGGAGAACCAAGUCAACGACUUGUACAGUAAUGUAAGAACACACACACAUACACACAUUCUCACAUACACAGCCUUGCAUCUCUCCUCUAGAGGCCAUGCCAUUUCAAUGCAGAACAGAAUGUUCAAUCAAUGUUCAAAGACAUUCUAUUUAUAUGAAAAAACAACAAGGCAAUACUGUAGAGACCAGUGGAGGCUGCUGAGGGGAGAACGGCUCAUAAUAAUGGCUGGAACGGAGCAAAUGGAUUGGCAUCAAACCAUGUGUUUAAUGUAUUUGAUGCCAUUCCACCUACUCUGCUCCAGCCAUUACCACAAGCCCGUCCUCCCCAAUUAAGGUGCCACCAAUCUCCCGUGGUAGAGACAUGACCAGUGAGAUAUCCUGUUAGACCUGCAGACCUGUCUCCCUGACGAGCAGUAUAGCAGCUUGUUAGCCUGUUGGAUUUAUGACUCAGCUGUGUUUGAUGAGGCAGGGACACCUUGGCCUGUCCGCUCUCACGGUUCCUCUGAGGACGACAACUUGGACAGGGUUAUUGGAAGAAAUAAGAAACAUUGGUCAAUGACCAAUGGACAAACGUUCCCAUGACAAUGCAUCUAGUAGGUCAGCUGCUAGGCAUAGACCAAUAAGAGCAAGAAGACUCAACAGUGUUACACCAGCCAUCUAUGUACAGCUUUCACACAAUGUCCACAACAAGAAAUAGUAAAGACACAGAGUUGACAUGGAGCUAACACAGAACAUUAUUCUGUCCCUGUCCAGGGCCUUCCAGAGCUCAUGCCUUCCCAGACCAUAGAAGAGCCCCAGAAGGGGAAGGAGAACCAGGUGUAUAUGAUGCCAGGCAAACACGGCCUGAUCACCACCCUACAGAAGACUGUGGCCCAGAAGGGCAGCCCCAAUGUCAUCGCCCCAGGUAGCUGGCAACACUGGAGGGGAGAGGUUGGCAGAGGUUGACAGGAGGGAUUAGUAAACAAGACUAUGUCACCUCUAAUUCAGAGGUUGGCAGAAGGGAUUAGUAAACAGGACUAGGUCACCCCUAAUUCAGAGGUUAGAAUAUGGGCUCAGCUUUACUUCAGAUGAGGUACGGAAAUUAUCAACUUUGAUUUCGGGGUGAAAUAUCCUUUUGAGUAUACCCAAGUGGGUAUAUCAGAACAACUGCUAUAUGAGUAUGCAGGAAGGACAAUGUGAGGCAACUCUUUUGAUUGACAGUUUGUUUAUAAAGCAGUGUUUGAGAAUAUCUGAUAACAUUCUGGCUGCUAAUGUGUAGAGUGUAUCAGGGUAACCAUGUCCUGACCAGACACUAGGUUAGUCAGGGUAACCAUGUCCUGACACUAGGUUAGUCAGGGUAACCAUGUCCUGACCAGACACUAGGCCAGUCAGGGUAACUAUGUCCUGACCAGACACUAGGCUAGUCAGGGUAACCAUGUCCUGACCAGACACUAGGCCAGUCAGGGUAACUAUGUCCUGACCGGACACUAGGUUAGUCAGGAUAUCCAUGUCCUGACACUAGGUUAGUCAGGAUAUCCAUGUCCUGACACUAGGUUAGUCAGGAUAUCCAUGUCCUGACCUGACACUAGGUUAGUCAGGAUAUCCAUGUCCUGACUGGACACUAGGUUAGUCAGGAUAUCCAUGUCCUGACACUAGGUUACUUAGGGUAACUAUGUCCUGACCAGACACUAGGUUAGUCGGGAUAUCCAUGUCCUGACACUAGGUUAUUUAGGGUAUCCAUGUCCUGACCGGACACUAGGUUAGUCAGGAUAUCCAUGUCCUGACCGGACACUAGGUUAGUCAGGAUAUCCAUGUCCUGACACUAGGUUAUUUAGGGUAACCAUGUCCUGACCUGACACUAGGUUAUUUAGGGUAACCAUGUCCUGACCUGACACUAGGUUAGUCAGGGUAUCCAUGUCCUGACCUGACACUAGGUUAGUCAGGGUAUCCAUGUCCUGACCAGACACUAGGUUAGUCAGGGUAACCAUGUCCUGACCAGACACUAGGUUAGUCAGGGUAUCCAUGUCCUGACCGGACACUAGGUUAGUCAGGAUAUCCAUGUCCUGACCGGACACUAGGUUAGUCAGGAUAUCCAUGUCCUGACACUAGGUUAUUUAGGGUAACCAUGUCCUGACCUGACACUAGGUUAUUUAGGGUAACCAUGUCCUGACCUGACACUAGGUUAGUCAGGGUAUCCAUGUCCUGACCUGACACUAGGUUAGUCAGAGUAUCCAUGUCCUGACCAGACACUAGGUUAGUCAGGGUAACCAUGUCCUGACCAGACACUAGGUUAGUCAGGGUAUCCAUGUCCUGACCUGACACUAGGUUAGUCAGGAUAUCCAUGUCCUGACCAGACACUAGGUUAGUCAGGAUAUCCAUGUCCUGACCUGACACUAGGUUAGUCAGGGUAACCAUGUCCUGACCUGACACUAGGUUAGUCAGGAUAUCCAUGUCCUGACACUAGGUUAGUCAGGAUAUCCAUGUCCUGACACUAGGUUAGUCAGGAUAUCCAUGUCCUGACCUGACACUAGGUUAGUCAGGAUAUCCAUGUCCUGACUGGACACUAGGUUAGUCAGGAUAUCCAUGUCCUGACACUAGGUUACUUAGGGUAACUAUGUCCUGACCAGACACUAGGUUAGUCGGGAUAUCCAUGUCCUGACACUAGGUUAUUUAGGGUAUCCAUGUCCUGACCGGACACUAGGUUAGUCAGGAUAUCCAUGUCCUGACCGGACACUAGGUUAGUCAGGAUAUCCAUGUCCUGACCGGACACUAGGUUAGUCAGGAUAUCCAUGUCCUGACACUAGGUUAUUUAGGGUAACCAUGUCCUGACCUGACACUAGGUUAUUUAGGGUAACCAUGUCCUGACCUGACACUAGGUUAGUCAGGAUAUCCAUGUCCUGACCAGACACUAGGUUAGUCAGGAUAUCCAUGUCCUGACACUAGGUUAUUUAGGGUAACCAUGUCCUGACCUGACACUAGGUUAUUUAGGGUAACCAUGUCCUGACCUGACACUAGGUUAGUCAGGAUAUCCAUGUCCUGACCUGACACUAGGUUAGUCAGGAUAUCCAUGUCCUGACACUAGGUUAUUUAGGGUAUCCAUGUCCUGACCGGACACUAGGUUAGUCAGGAUAUCCAUGUCCUGACACUAGGUUAUUUAGGGUAACCAUGUCCUGACCUGACACUAGGUUAUUUAGGGUAACCAUGUCCUGACCUGACACUAGGUUAGUCAGGAUAUCCAUGUCCUGACCUGACACUAGGUUAUUUAGGGUAUCCAUGUCCUGACACUAGGUUAGUCAGGAUAUCCAUGUCCUGACACUAGGUUAUUUAGGGUAACCAUGUCCUGACCUGACACUAGGUUAUUUAGGGUAACCAUGUCCUGACCUGACACUAGGUUAGUCAGGAUAUCCAUGUCCUGACCUGACACUAGGUUAGUCAGGAUAUCCAUGUCCUGACCUGACACUAGGUUAGUCAGGAUAUCCAUGUCCUGACACUAGGUUAUUUAGUGUAACCAUGUACUGAUACUAGGUUAUUUAGGGUAACUAUGUCCUGACACUAUGUUAGUCAGGAUAUCCAUGUCCUGACCUGACACUAGGUUAGUCAGGGUAACCAUGUCCUGACCUGACACUAGGUUAGUCAGGAUAUCCAUGUCCUGACCAGACACUAGGUUAGUCAGGGUAACCAUGUCCUGACCUGACACUAGGUUAGUCAGGAUAUCCAUGUCCUGACACUAGGUUAUUUAGGGUAACCAUGUCCUGACCUGACACUAGGUUAGUCAGGAUAUCCAUGUCCUGACCAGACACUAGGUUAGUCAGGGUAACCAUGUUCUGACCUGACACUAGGUUAGUCAGGAUAUCCAUGUCCUGACACUAGGUUAUUUAUGGUAUCCAUGUCCUGACCUGACACUAGGUUAGUCAGGAUAUCCAUGUCCUGACACUAGGUUAUUUAGGGUAACCAUGUCCUGACCAGACACUAGGUUAGUCAGGAUAUCCAUGUCCUGACCUGACACUAGGUUAGUCAGGGUAACCAUGUCCUGACCUGACACUAGGUUAGUCAGGGUAACCAUGUCCUGACCUGACACUAGGUUAGUCAGGGUAACCAUGUCCUGACCUGACACUAGGUUAGUCAGGGUAACCAUGUCCUGACCUGACACUAGGUUAGUCAGGGUAACCAUGUCCUGACCAGACACUAGGUUAGUCAGGAUAUCCAUGUCCUGACACUAGGUUAUUUAGGGUAACCAUGUCUUGACCUGACACUAGGUUAUUUAGGGUAACCAUGUCCUGACCUGACACUAGGUUAUUUAGGGUAACCAUGUCCUGAUCUGACACUAGGUUAGUCUUUGACAGCCAGCUAAGCCUUGUUUGUUGUGCUGGAAUGACACAAAGUUUAACACUUUCUAUUGUAGCCAGGACUGACAUCAGAUCAAACAAGUUUAUGUAGAUGUGUAAGCCCUAAGCACUUUCAGGGACUGUCUAAGUCUAAUCUGACCUUUAACCUCAGGCUACGGGGGCCCCCUGAAGGAGAUCCCCUGUGAGAAGUUCAACCUGACAACCAGGUCCUACUGUUCCCCCUGGAGGGAAGCCCUGGGUGAAAGUGACAAGCUCCUGUCGAUGCUCAGCCCCCAGCCCCCACUGGUGGCCACACUACAGCCCGCCAACUACAGGUGCUUCAACAGGUGAGUCUCAUCACCUCACUAACCCACAUGGGGCUACACUACAGCCCACCAACUAGAGAUGUAACCCUGACAACAACAGGUGCAGCCAGGUCACAAAUGUAGAGACCCGGCCCGCUAACUAGAGAUGUAACCCUGACAACAACUAGACUAGACUAAAGGACCUCUGAGGACUUCACUUCAAAGGCAGGACAAUAUUAUGCAUGACAUUUUCUUUGGAAAGAAAACCAAUUCAAGACCCCACUCAACAAAGUAAGUGAACAUGGCUCAGGCUGAGGUUUAAAGCAUGUUUAGCGCAGGCUUAGUGAUCGCCCAUCCCCCCCCCCCAUCUUCAAAUAAAGCCCCAGAUGACCGAAGCAUGCUAUCAAAUUAACAACACAAUUAUAUCUUAAAUGGUGGAGCCCAUCCAUGUUUCCACUCCCUUUGAAAAGUAACCCCGCCUCUGGCUCGCACCUCCUUGGACUGUGGCUUUCCGGCAUUUGGCUAUUUUAACGCGGGGGGAGGGGUCAGCCACUUAAAGACCGAUGGCGCACGAAGGGGCUCAUCUUACCCUGGCACACACAGUGUGAGGCUACUCCCAGAAUAAAGGCUAAACUUCACACUUCAUUAGUCCACUGUCACUCAUGUGGUGCUUAGUCAUUCAGUAACUGAAGCACACAUGGAUGGAUUGGUUUACUCCUUUAAUUAACGAGAUAUGUGGGUUUAAUUGAGUCUAGGCCAACUGGGAAGAAGAAGGGCGCUCCAUCUAUAGUCAAAUUAUUCCUAUUAAUGUUUCUUCCUGAAUUCCCAACAGAUGUUGAUUAUUUCUGACCUAAAAGGUCGCUAGUCCAGGCCAGGCAGGGUCAUUAGAGGAGAACUUUGUGGAUGACUGGGCAUCACGUAACAUCUAAAAGCUUCUACUUUAGACCUGACUGUUGAGUGAGAAAGAUCUGCUACCCAGCGAAUGUAUUUGAGGUUAUGCAAGCUUGGAUAUACCCAGUCAUUCCCUUCCUCAAAUAUACACUCAUAACAAAUUCAUCCCUCUCUCUCUCUCUCAGAGCAGCCAAGCCUUUUGGAGGCCCACAGCAGCAGAGUAAGAGGGUGAUCCCAAUGAUGGGGUUCGAGCUGUUGGACUCCCAGCACCUCCCUGGUACGACCCUGGACCGCAUGUGUAAACGGCCCAACUUCAACAGAGCACCACGGGGAUGGGGUCACGACUACUCCCCUGAAUCCACCGACUUGUGAUUGGCCCACUGCUCACCUAUGACCUUCAAACUUCCCGUGACCUUUGUGACAUCACAGGCUAAAAGACUGAAGAUGAAUCUGCUCUUAUUACCCAUCCUCAUCCCUCUGGAUUCAAAGAUGACCGAUCCAGGUUAGGUAGAAGUUGCCCCUAAAUACUGACUAAUCUAUUUAAUGGUUAUGUUAGGAUAAGGGUAGAUCUGGGGUUAGGCGCAACUUCUACCUCGAGUGAUCCCUCUGUUAUUGAGUCAGUGCCAUAAGGAAAAGACUUGUGAAUGGUAAGAUGGUUUACUGAUGAGAGCUGUGGGUAGGCCUGUGUGGAGGUUAACUGAGAUCUUCUGAAUCAAUCAACAGUUCCUUAUCAGAGCUGAGCCCAGGCCAACAAAGGCCAGCUGAGGGGAGAGAUGAUGUCACUUCUUUCCCUGUCCUUUCUUUCAUCCAAACGCCCUCUUACCCAUCCUCACUCCCCGAUUUCUCAACACUUGCCUCCCUUCCAUCCCCCGUUCACUCUUCCCUCCCUCUUUCUGACCCCCCCCCCUGUUAAUAAAGGACUGAUAGUGUGAUAUUGAUUAAUUUAAAUGUAAAUUAUAGAGUACUUGUUUUAAUGGCAUAAGCGGACAACAUAUGUGAAACAUUUCAAUAAUAAACUGAAUGAUGUUGUGGAAAAAGAAACUUGUUUCAAAAUGAGAAACAAAUCCAUAAUAUGAAUAAGAAUCUAAAAAUGGUCCUUUCAGGAGAUCGACUCUGCAGGAUGCUUUGCACAUUUCAACAACUCUUCUGAUGUACACUCAAUACACUGAUCAAUGACGGGUGGGUAUAGAUAUUACAUUAUGCACCACCACGCACAAAACACAGUAGCCCUAAAAACUUAAAAGAACGCACUUAUGAUACCAAAUUCCCGGAUUGAGCUGGAUUUGACUUCACACCUUUAGUUGUUCACCGUUAACUCAGAUCCACUGCUGAGAUAUGGUUAAACUGAGUGAGUGGUCAGCCAUUUUGUAACACCCUUGUGAACCUCAAGACGUAGGAUGAUGACGUUGCUCCUAGAAGCAGUUCCCAGGUCAGUUAGGUGUUUUUUCCCCUAAUUACUAUGAUGAGGAUUGGUGGAAGGUAAGUUGAUCCAAGAUCUGUGCCUAAGGGCAACUUC